AUGACAGACCUUGACGAUCCUGCCGUUUCUGUCUUCACUAAAGUCCCCGCAUUCAAGAAGAGCCGCUUGCUACUGCUCUAUUCUGAUUUCAGCCACUUGAUCGAUUCGAACCCGGAGGGCUAUGAUGCCAAUAUUCAUGCUUGGUGUGAACUUCUUAAACAGUGCUUGGUGCAACAUACUUUUGGUUCCAGUUUGACUCUCCCUGGUCAAGAUUUGGCAAUAAAACUACGCAACGAACAGUAUGGUGAGCCUAAGGGCUUAGGGCUUGUCUUGUUGAAACAGGUUCAAGAGGGGAAGUAUGUUCCAUGGUCCAUAUAUAAGGAUAUUGCCCCGAACCAUACCAAGUCCAUUUUAGACUUCAUAUCACCUUCUAAAUGGAUUGGAAGAGCAUAUGGUCUGGUAAGAACAUGGGCAUUUUCUCCGGUAGAUAGGAGUGGGCACCUUAUUGACGAAAGCUAUAUAUUAUGGGAUGUCCUCGUUGAAACUGGACAACAGCUCAAUGGAAAAUUGCAUGACCUAAUCAAAGAUGAAGGCAGCUACACAGCAAAGCUUUUAGAUGGAGAAAUGUUUAGGGGCCUUGUCAGAACUAUCAACCCUCAUAUGUCAGAACUUGAUAUUCAGGUGCUAUUGAUUUACCUUCAUAGGGACAUUGGUCUGGUGACUGUAAAAAACGACGAAAAACUGCCGGAAAUCACAUACAUCAAGAUGGAAAAGCUGCCAAUCACUGAACAAGAUCUUGGAAUUAUAAACAUUAAGAAAUGCAUCACGGACUUUCAAAAGCGAGUGAAAGUUUUAGAAAGAAGACUCGAUGAAGAGAUCCCAGGAGAAAUUAAAAGACUUCUAGAAAAGGAAUCAUCAGAAGAACGAGUCAAAAACAUUUUGAGGCAAAAGUCUGCUCUCAAAAAGUCGUUGGUCAAAUCACUUGAUGUGCUCAACCAAUUGACUCAUGUCCUAGAAAAGAUCAAUGAUGCGGAAAACAAUGUAGUGACGUUCGAGGCCAUGAAAGAGGCCAAGGAUGUGCUUUCGUCUUAUAAUAGCAAAUUGUCGCUCGCAGAAGUUGACGAUUUGCAAAUUCAGUUGGACGAGCAGAUAGAAACGACUAAUGAGCUUUCUGCAGCUAUGGCCGUCACGAAUAAUGUCGAUGAAACCGAAAUUGAUGAAGAGUUGGCCAAACUUGAAGAAGAAUAUGGAACAGCAAAAUCACAACCUAAAGAAGCAACGCCCAAUUUACCUUCCGUUCCAAAAAGUGAAGACACGAUUGAUGAAGCUGAAUUGGAAGAACGAGUCAAGAAUCUCACUUUAAUAGACACCAACGAAAGACAGGGACAAUCAAAAGAAGAGAAAAAGCCUGAAGAACCGUUAUUGGCUUCUUGA